UCAGAAGUAAAAGCAAUCGAGCGCUGAUUUAUUCGGUCAGAGCUUUGAAGAUGGCAUCCACAGAUCAAGUUGAUCCGCCAACACAGGCUGACCUUCUUCCACUUGGAGAAAAGGUGGUAGCUCCCCCCAGAGAGGCCCUGAUUGCCACGGCUGUAAAAUUUCUAGAGAACCCAAAAGUACGUCAGAGUCCACUGACCACCAGAAAAGCCUUCUUGAAGAAAAAAGGGCUGACAGAAGAGGAGGUGGAAUUGGCCAUCCAACGGUCUGGCAGCACAGAAGUAGUCCUGAGCCCUGCAGGUCCCCCAACUCCACUUCACAUAACCCAGCCUGUUCCUGUACCACACGGCUACAGAUGGAGGAGCUAUGGUGCCCUCACCAUAAUUAUGGUGGGCAUUGCCUUUGGCUUUCAUCAUCUUUACAGAAAAUACAUCCUUCCCCUCAUUAUGGGCAGCCGUGAGGACAAGAAGCAUCUGCAGAGGAUGGAGAGCAACAUUUCCGCAAUGAGUGGCACGCUGACACAGACAGUCAGCCAGCUACAACAGACCCUGGCAUCACUCCAGGAGCUCCUAAUCCAGCAGCAGGAGAAGAUCCAGGAGCUCACUCAGGAACUGGCUGCAGCACAGGUAGCUACCACUUCAACCAGUCGCACCCUAGACAACCAAACGGUCACCGAGCUGAAGACUGAGAUCGCGUCUUUGAAGGGAUUACUGCUCAGCAGGAGACAAUUCCCUGCCACCCCCUCCGUUCCCAAGAUCCCCUCCUGGCAGAUUCCUCUCAAGCCACCCUCAUCGUCAGCCUCUGUCAAUCACACCAACAGCAGCAGCGACAUUUCCCCCGUCAGCAACGAGUCCACCAGCUCCUCUCCCGUUAAAGAUGUGCACCACAGCCCCCAGGAUGCUCUGGGGGGGCCUGACGGCACCCAUGUUUUUAACGGAGACACCAGCACGGUGUGCCUCAGUGCAGCCAUACCCCUGGACCUGAAAGACCAGGUCCGCAUGGACGUACAGAGAGAGGAGGAGGAGAAAGAGGAGGAGGAGGAGGAUGACGCCAUCUGUGUAGAAGAGGGGGCGGGCCUAAGCAUGCAGACAGAGAAUCGCAGAGGUGGGGAUGGACAGAUUAACGAACAGGUGGACAAACUUAGGCGACCUGAGGGUGCCAGUAAUGAGAGCGAGGUUGAUUAGAGCCUUCGUGAAGCACAGCGCCUCACUCAGGCGGCUCAGUUUCAUUGUCUUCCCACAUUCACUCUGGUUUUUUUUAAUCCAUUCACUCUUGUUUCUGUAACAUCUUUAUCUUGAGUGAGACAGAUGUCAGAGCGUGUAGUUGACACACUGCUUUUACCUCUGUUUACAGUGUUUUCCAGAGUAUAAGUCGCGCCUGUCCAUAUAACCUCACCAGCCACUUUAUUAGGUACACCUGUUCAAUUGCUUGUUAACACAAAUAACUAAUCAGCCAAUUACAUGGCAUCACCUCCAUGCAUUUAGGCAUCUAGACAUGGUAAGAAAGGUGAUUUCAGUGACUUUGAACGUGGUGUGGUUAAUGGUGCCAGACGGGCUGGUCUGAGUAUUUCAGAACCUGGUGAUCGACUGGGAUUUUUUCACACACAACCAUCUCUAGGGUUUUCAGAGAACGGUCCGAAAAAGAAGCGAUAUCCACUGAGUGGCAGUUGUGUGGCCGAAAAUGCCUUGUUGAUCUCAGAGGAGAAUGGACAGACUGAUUAAUGGAUGACUGUGUGAUGCCAUCAUGCCAAUAUGGACCAACAUCUCUGAGGACUGUUUCCAACACCUUGUUGAAUCUAUGCCAUGAAAAAAUUAAGGCAGUUCUGAAGGCAAAAGGGGUCCAACCCGGUGCUAGCAAAGGUGUACCUAAUAAAGUGGCCGGUGGGUUUAUGCCUUGUGAAGAGGAUAAAACAAAUAUGAGUCAGAGGACCUCCCAAACGAUUAAAAAAAAUCCCUGUAAGUCAUACUGCAGAAAAUCCAAUACUUUUCAUUGUGUAGUAAUAACUUAGACUUGACAUUCUUGUAAUUGUAAUAAAGCUCUUAUAUGUACCAGACGUCUUAAUUCACGGUAAAGGUUUCAGUCAGGAGUCUCACAUGAGGUUCCAGCAAAACAUUAGCAAAGUUUGUCUCCCUGUUGACGGCAGUAGGAGAAGACAAGCUCUUCCAGUGCUGAAGCUUUUAGCCUCUUUUAUGUGUCCCUUCACAUUGGUGUCAGUUUGUCAAUAAUUCACCAGGCCAGCAGGGUGGCAUUUGGAUGAAAUAAAAGCUCUGAAAUUCGAGAUUAGAAUGUGAUGACGGGCUUUGUUCCAUGCCGGUGUCAGAGUGCUCAUACGCUCAAAGGCAGGGAAGAUAAAUGUUUUUUUCCCCCUGCUUGCGUUCUUUCAUUCUUUCUUUUUUUUCCUCCUCUUCACUGAGGACUGAAUUGUGCAUCUUUACCAGCGUGUUCGUGCGUGGCAGGCGAGGAAACCCAGACUGUCUGCUGAGCUGUAUCUGUGUCUCCAGCAGGGCAGCUGAUUUGGUUUGUGAAGUAUGUUAAUAAUCAAAUGAUCAACAAAUAACAGAUGUAUUAGUUCAUGCAGCUUGAAAUGUCAAGGAGGCUAAAAGCGGAAAUCUAAUACAGGGAGCCCAGUUGCAUUAUAUUAUUUUCCGAGACAAACCCUCCGGUCCAAAUUAUGUAGGGCCUCCUACAGUGAGUAAUCUUUACAGAAAACGGCUCCAAUAUUUUGUAAUUAAGCUGCAGUAAGACAGCGAGGGCCACUGCUGAUGGAACUUGCAGAAGUUGUAUUUUUUUCUUUCUUUCUUUUAACUGUGGAGGUGGAUGAGAGAAGUGA